AAGAUGUUAUUAACUCGAAAAUUGUGUACUGAGAUUUGAUCGGAAAACCCAUUUCACUCGGUUUCACAUAACCCAUUAUCGACCAAUCAAAAACUUAAAAAACCGAGAUUUUUUUUUCAUCAAAUUUUGCUUCUUUUUUAUUGUUGAGCUGCAUUUGACUUCAAUCUGAGUUGGCGGCUUGUUCUUUGCCAUUGUUGUUGAGUUGUAUGAUUGUUUUUUGAAGUUAUAGUUUUCUGGGUUUAUUUUUCCUUUUUUUGAUUCAAGUAAGAGUUUGAUGAGAGGAGUGAAUUGGGGUUGUUGAUAAAGAGACAAUGACUGGAGGGUCAUUGGGGAUUCGUUCUGGGAGUUAUGGUUCUUUGGAUAAACAGCUACAAAAUGGCGUUUUGUUGCCAGUUCAAGCGCCUACAACGAUAAGAGCUAAGCCUUCUAAAGUUUUGAAGGAGAAGGAGACAUUUGUUCAUUGGAUCUGUAAGUUUGCAGGUCGCAAAAAGGUUGGAAUGUUGCUCCUUUGUCUAAUCUCUGCUGCUGUUUUUGUUUGGGUCUUGUAUGUCGGCAAAGGUGAAUACCAGGAAAGUGACAAUAUCAGUAAGAUAAAUGAUAGCUUGCAUCUUAAUAUUUCUGGAUUUCCCCUGAUAAACGAAGUGCAAAGUGUCAAAAUAGACAAUUGGACAACUUUACUAGCCAGUGAUGGUGUUGAAGGAGCCGAUGUUAGAGUAAUGCCCCCUCCUCCUCCAUAUUUUCUUGGCUACACUCUUCCACCAGGGCAUCCAUGCAACACUUUUAUUUUACCCCCUCCACCAGCAGAUAAGAAAAGAACGGGACCACGUCCUUGUCCUGUAUGUUACCUUUCGGUGGAAGAAGCUGUUGCUUUGAUGCCAAAAGUUCCAUCAUUUUCUCCAGUACUUAAGAAUUUAACAUAUAUUUACAAGGAAAACUUUAAAAAAGAGAAUGAAUUGGGUGGUUCGGAUUUUGGUGGGUAUCCUACUUUGAAGCAACGGGAUGAUUCAUAUGACAUAAGAGAGUCGAUGAAUGUGCAUUGUGGAUUUGUCAAAGGAAGCAAACCUGGCCAUGGGACAGGAUUUGACAUUGAUGACAAUGAUCUUCUCGAGAUGGAGCAAUGUCAUGGAGUGGUGGUUGCAUCAGCGAUAUUUGGAGCUUUCGACAUUAUACAACAGCCAAAGAACAUUAGUGAAUAUUCCAAGCAAACUAUCUGUUUCUAUAUGUUUGUCGAUGAAGAGACAGAGGCUGAUUUGAAAGCAAAUGGUGGCUUGGAUGAGAGCAAGAAGAUUGGAGUAUGGAGAAUUGUUGUUGUUCGUAAUCUUCCUUACGCUGAUGGAAGGCGCAACGGAAAGAUCCCAAAGCUUCUAAGUCACAGGCUAUUUCCGAAUGCUCGAUUUUCUUUAUGGAUUGAUGGGAAACUCGAGCUUGUUGUUGAUCCAUAUCAAAUUCUAGAGAGGUUCUUGUGGAGAAAAAAUGCUACAUUUGCAAUUUCUAGGCAUUAUAAACGCUUUGAUGUUUUUGACGAGGCCGAGGCAAAUAAAGCUGCAGGCAAAUAUGAUAAUGCUUCCAUUGAUUUUCAGGUCAAUUUUUAUAAAAAAGAGGGUUUGACCCCAUAUUCCGAAGCAAAACUUCCUAUCACGAGUGAUGUUCCUGAAGGAUGUGUACUAAUAAGGGAACAUGUUCCUAUUAACAACCUCUUCACUUGUCUUUGGUUCAAUGAAGUUGACCUUUUUACUUCAAGAGACCAGAUUAGUUUUUCGACAGUAAGGGAUAAGAUUGCAGUGAAGACGAAUUGGACUUUGAAUAUGUUCUUGGACUGUGAACGGCGCAACUUUGUCGUUCAGAAGUACCACAAGGAUGUUCUAGCGCAUUUAACUCCUCCAGCCAUUUACCCUCCACCGCUACCACUACCUCUACAUUCGGCCAAUGAUCCACUCCGGAAGAUCUUACCGAGACGCGGAAGGGAUAGGAGGUCGGGUUCUAGGCGUCAUCACAAAGUCGGCAAGGAAAUUAUUUCGAGUUGAAAUGUUUUUGCUGAGGCAAAUUAGGAGUGUUGUAAGUUUUGUUCCGUAGAAACUACAGAUUCCCUUCUUUUUGGUUACAUUUUAACUUUGGCAAUUGUCUAUUUUGAUUCAAUUUUUUUGUUGUAUAUAUAUAUACACAUCAAACAUAGUUUUUCUUUUAUAUAUAUAUAUAUGAUUUUUGGUCUGCAUUUUGUUGUUUU